CUGUGGAGGCCCCAACGGCUGUCCCCGGCGCCAGGGAGAUGAGCCUGGGCUCUGAUGGCGGCGGUGGCGCUGCGGCUGCUGCGCGGUCCCGAGAGGGCAGUCCCGGGAAGGACGGCUUCGCACCGUCGGCGCUGGGGACUCGAGAGCAUUGGGAUGCUGUUUAUCAAAGAGAACUACAAACUUUCCAAGAAUACGGAGAUGCAGGAGAAAUCUGGUUUGGAGAAGAGAGCAUGAAUCGAUUAAUAAGGUGGAUGGAAAAACAGAAGAUCCCGUUGGAUGCUUCAAUACUUGAUAUUGGAACUGGAAAUGGUGUUUUCCUGGUUGAACUUAUAACCCAGCAUAAUUUAUUGAAAAGACACGCUUCCCCCCACUGCAUGGCAAUGACACCUCUGUCAUUAAGUCAGGCAAAGUUUGGUUUUUCUAAUAUUACUGGAAUCGAUUACUCUCCUUCUGCAAUACAACUCUCUGGAAGUAUUAUAGAGAGAGAAGGUUUAUCUAACAUUAAGUUGAAGGUGGAAGACUUUUUGAAUCUUUCCACAAAGCUUUCUGGAUUUCAUAUUUGUAUUGACAAAGGGACUUUCGAUGCCAUAAGCCUUAAUCCUGACAAUGCAAUAGAGAAGAGGAAGCAAUAUGUGAAAUCUCUUUCCAGGGCGUUGAAAAUAAAAGGCUUUUUUCUAAUAACCUCAUGUAAUUGGACCAAGGAAGAGUUGCUUAAUGAGUUCAGUGAAGAAUUUGAACUUUGCGAAGAACUGCCAACACCCAAGUUCAGCUUUGGUGGCAGAUCUGGAAACAGUGUAGCAGCGUUGGUUUUCCAGAAAACAUGAAGCUUCUCCUGGGGCAAAUUCAGUUAGCUUUUUAAAGAAGCUACACAUCACAGUAAACCUGACACAGAAAAUGCCAGUGCAAAUAAUUACUUAGUAAGUACCCAGGAUACACAUGUUGAAUGGAUACAGUGGGAUGUGAAAAAUCAUGAGCAUAAAGUGGUGGGGUUUUAGAGAUGACAAAGGAUCAUUUUAAAUUUUAUUUUGUAUUUGAAAUGUAACUAUUUUUCUUUUUGAUUAAAAAAAUUGUGGAACAGUUCAAAACUUUAAAACAGUAAAUGAAUUUGCAGAAAGCAUGUAUUCUUGGAUUUUUGUGCCUUAGUAAAGUUGAAUGUAGUUAUUUAUAAGGACUUAACCAAACUUAUUGCAGGGCCAGAAUAGCAUACAAAACAACUUCCUUAGUGUUUCAUUAGACUAUUUAGGAAACGUAACAAGAAACACUGUUUUGGGUUAAAUAUUGGUAAUGGUGUUU